AUGCUCAGAACCGGCACCAGGCGGAUCCUCGCAUUAGGCAUUGAGGGAAGUGCAAAUAAAAUAGGGGUGGGAAUUGUGGAUGAGGCGGGCAAUGUGCUCUCGAACGAGCGCGAGACGUACAUCACCCCUGCUGGGACUGGUUUUUUGCCGCGGGAAACGGCACAGCACCACACGACGCACAUCCUGCGCCUGGCGCAGGCCGCUUUUGAAACCGCGCAGGUGCGUCCCUCUGAUAUCAGCGUCAUCUGCUACACUAAGGGACCAGGCAUGGGGGCGCCACUCGCGGUAUGUUGCACGGUUGCCAAAACUCUCUCGUUGUUGUGGUCUGUCCCACUGGUUGGUGUGAAUCACUGCAUCGGGCACAUUGAGAUGGGGCGUGUUGUAACGGGGAGUAAUAAUCCAGUGGUACUGUACGUGAGUGGGGGCAAUACACAGGUGAUUGCGUACGCGGAACACCGCUACCGCAUCUUUGGGGAGACCAUUGACAUUGCAGUGGGGAACUGUCUUGACCGCGCAGCGCGGUUCCUUGGACUCCCCAACGACCCCGCUCCCGGUUACAACAUAGAACAGUGCGCCAAGCGUGGACGCCUCUUCAUUGAACUUCCUUACGUUGUGAAGGGGAUGGAUAUGUCUUUUAGCGGCCUUCUCUCCUUUAUGGAGGCACUUCUGCAGCAUCCACAAUUUAAAGACAGAGAUAAGUGUUCAUCCGCAUUGGCAUCCUCCGUGUCUUUGUCCACACAGCGGCGAACACUGCCCAAUGGAGUCUUGUGUGCUGUGGAUGAGCCUUUUGGCAUUGAUGAUAUCUGCUACUCCCUACAAGAAACAAUUUUUGCUGUGUUGGCGGAAGUAACAGAGCGAGCCAUGUCGCAAUGCGAAUCCAACGAGGUCCUCAUUGUCGGUGGUGUCGGAUGCAACCUUCGACUACAAGAAAUGAUGCGGCAGAUGGCAACGUCUCGUGGAGGCCGUUGCUUUGAUAUGGACGCACGAUACUGUAUUGACAAUGGCUGCAUGAUUGCCUACGCUGGCCUCCUGGAAUACAAAGCCGGCGGAUUUACAUCACUUCCGAACGCAACCAUCACGCAACGAUUCCGAACUGAUGAAGUAAAUGUCUCGUGGCGAUGA